AUUAAACGGAUUAUCGGAAUGCAGGUUCAUCUCGCCGAGGCGUGAGCUGUGUGCCUGUGUGGGUGUGUGGGCCUGUGCUGUCCGUUGCUUUUGUGUCCGUGAGUCCGGCUGUCCGCUUUAAUAGUGUGUGUGAGUGCGGCUUCAAUUGGCUUCCUCACCGGUCUUCCAACCAUCUCCGUCUACGUCUUAAUCUCCUUCCAUUUCUAUCAACCCACCGCCCACCGAUGCCACUUGGACUACGUGCCUUGUGGAUCCGAUCUCCGUACCUCCGUCUACGUCUCCGUCUCCGGACCAAUUGAGACCCCACUACUGAUCACCGGCCCCCCUCUACAUCCCUCCACCUGUUGUCCCACUCGCACCUCAAGUGUUCUUUUGGGGCUUUGGAGGAAGAGGAAAGAGGAUAGAAUAGAAUAGAAAGGAAACGAAAAGGAAGGCAAGGAAAGGCAGGGAAAGGAAAGGAAAGGCAAAGGAAAAGAAAGGAACAACGAGAGCAACGAGAAAAUCAACACCAGUGAAGUGGGAAGUGACAGAGAUUGAGAUUGAGAUUGAGAUUGCGGUUCAUACAACGGCGCAUCGCAGUUUACGAGUGUCCAUCACCACUACAACACCGAACACCGUGCAGCAAUGGAAGACUAUUGGGGUCUUAGCAGCACUACGGAUAUAAAUUGCACUCAGCCCGCCAUCGAUGACUUCCCCAGAGACCUGUUCUCGGAGGCGCAAAGACAGUCCGGUGCUGUUGUACUUCAUGUUAUAGCCAGUUUAUAUUUAUUCGUAGCCUUAGCCGUAGUGUGUGAUGAGUACUUUGUGCCAGCAGUUGAGAAAAUAUGUGCAGCACUCAACAUGUCCAACGAUGUGGCGGGGGCCACGUUCAUGGCAGCGGCCACCUCCGCUCCGGAACUCUUCGUCAACGUGAUAGGCACCUUCAUCACGGAGGGCGACAUCGGAGUGGGCACGAUUGUGGGAUCGGCCGUCUUUAAUAUCCUGGCGGUGGCCGCCUGUUGCGGCAUCGGAGCUGGAAUGACUAUACCUUUGGAUUGGUGGCCUUUGACCCGAGAUAGUAUUGCCUAUGGAGUCACAGUGGCCAUUCUGAUUUGUGUGAUGCACGACGAGCGGGUCGAGUGGUAUGAGGCCUUGAUUUUGGUUUCACUGUACGCCGUCUAUUUGGCGGUCAUGUAUUUCGACAAGUCUUUCCAAAAAUGCGCCAAAGGUGGCGUUAAACAGGCGCGUUCGCGCAGCCGGUCCUCCAACUGCAGCAUUCACACAAAGAACAGCAAUGAAAAGGAACCAGAACUUGUGGAAAAUCGCAUUUGCCAGAACAUGGCGAGCAUCCAAUUGAACGGAGGACUCAACAAUGACCAGGCCAAGUCCACUGGCGGCACUACUGGCACCACCACCACCACUUCGAUAACAACCACCACCACCUUGUCCACAAUCACCACCACCACACACAGUGUCGUAAGUGGAUCGGGUAGUGGACCAAGUGCUGCGGGUACAGGAUCUGGAAUUAUAGCUCCUAUGGAUACUCUGGCCGAGGUGGAGGCCCAACCGGCGACAGCGACGACAGGAAAUGCUGGCGAGGAUCGGGAGGAGGAGGGAUACUCCCUGCUCACCUAUCCCAAGGACAAGAGCUGUUUUGCCCAGUUCACCUGGCUGAUAAUCUGGCCCAUACACCUGCUCUUCCGCAUCGCCAUACCCGAUUGCAAGAAGGCCAAAAACAAUAAGAUCUUCCCUCUGACCUUUAUCAUGUGCAUCGUCUGGAUCGGAUCCCUGUCCUAUGUGGUGGCGUGGAUGAUAACGAUUAUUGGUGAUACACUUAAGAUACCCGACUCUGUAAUGGGUAUUACGUUCCUGGCAGCUGGAACCAGUGUACCCGAGGCGGUUUCCAGUGUGAUUGUGGCGAAACGCGGUCACGGAUCAAUGGGAAUCUGUAAUUCGAUCGGAUCGAAUACAUUUGAUAUUUUAUUGUGCUUGGGAGUGCCGUGGCUGAUCAAGGCCGUCUUCUUCCCAAUACAGCCUGGUCAGAACUAUGUGGCCAUUAAUUCGGCCGGACUGGAGUACUCGGCCAUAACCCUGCUGUCCACACUGUUUCUGCUCUACCUUACCUUCUCCACGAACAAAUUUAAGCUGGACAAGAAGGUGGGCACCGCCUGCCUGGUCAUGUAUCUGGUGUUCAUGGUCUUCGCCUCCCUCAUCGAACUCAACGUGUUCUUCCGGGUUAAUCUGCCCACCUGUGGCAGGUCAUGAAUCUCCUGAAAAUACCCCUAAAAGUUCCCCAAAAAAUAAAAAAAAACCCCUACACUCUAAAAAAAA